AUUUCACAUUUCGAUUCAAUCCGAAACGUGUGCCGAUAUGGGAUUUUUACACGGUCAAUUACGAUUCCGAUUUGGCCACGUGUAAAAUAUGUUAUAAAAAUAUAAAAACACGUAGAAAAGACGGUACGAGAAACGUUUUGAGUCACAUGAGAAACGUUCACCCGAACGAAUAUCAAUUGUCGUUAACGUUCAAAGAAAAAUGGACGGCUAUGAAGAAAACAAAAAAACAUAAACAGGGUUUCUAUUAA